UUCUCUCACACUCACCACCAUCAACUCUCUCUUUCUCUCUCUCUCUCUCUCUACAGAGGUAAAUCACUCUGCAAUUAACCGAGAUAGUGUGCUACAUACAUCUGCAUGCAUUGCGAACAUUGAUAGAUUGUGUUUGCGAAGACAUUUUCCAGAAUAUUUUUUUGACAAAUAUGGCUAAGAAUCUGUUCUUGCUGAUUCUGGGUUUCUAUUUGGUGAUUAUGGGACUUGAGUCUUGGGCAAUCACUGAUUUUUUCGAGGUUCAAGCUCUUCAAAAUCUGUACAGGUCACUUAACAAGCCGAUGCGGCUGGAGCUUUGGAAAGAAGAGAGUGGAGACCCUUGUGCAGAACUCUGGACUGGAGUUCACUGCAUCGGAUCAUCAAUUAUCGAACUUAAACUUCAUGGGAUGGGGCUAACUGGUAACAUUGAAUUUGAGCUCUCCGAUCUCUUAAGUCUGAAAAAAUUGGAUCUUAGUUCAAAUGACAUUCAAGGAUCAAUCCCCUACAGUUUACCUCCUAACCUCACACACUUAAACUUUGCUGAGAACAAAUUCAAUCAGAGCUUUCCAUACUCGAUAGAGCAGAUGAAACACAUCCGACAUCUGAAUCUGAGCCACAAUUCGCUAUCUGGAUCCUUAGGAAAUGUGUUUGCUGGCCUUGAGCAUCUUCAAGAAUUGGAUCUGUCGUUCAAUAACUUCACCGGAGAUCUACCUGUCUCGGUCACAUCUCUGGCAAACCUUACAGGCUUGUUUUUGCAGAACAAUCAAUUUACUGGAUCAGUAAUUUUCUUGGCUAAUCUCACUCUCACUGAUCUGAAUAUUGAAGACAACCAUUUCAGUGGUGUUAUUCCAGAACAAUUCCAAAAUAUCACCAACUUGCGGUUUGGGGGCAAUGAAUUUGUAAGAGAAGCAAACUAUCCUCCUUGGAAGUUUCCUAUUGAGUCUAUGCCGAAAGAGAAACACAUACCAACACAACCACCACCACCACCACCACCAACACUACCAGCAGCAGCAGCAGCAGCAGCAGCAACAGCAGAAGCAGUAGUAUCAGCAAAUAUUAGUGCCUAUGAGAACCACCCUUUUCCUUUUGAAAUAAACGGAGCUCACAAACAGAAGAAAAUGGGCGUGGUUGGUAUACUUCUAAUAGUUGGUGGCAUCAUUCUGGUUGCUGGAAGUGCAGCUCUUAUGAUUGUUCACAGGCAACAGUCAUCUAUGAGAAGACACAGAAGCUCAGUAGGCCGUGAAGACUCGAUGAAAUCUCUUCCUAGUGAUACGCUCCAAGAUUAUACAUCGGUGAGUGGAACAGGCAGCCCUCACACAUCGGGAUUCAGCUCUUCACCCAUGAUUACUCCCUCUCGUUUGCCUGCUGUUCGGACUAGAACACUGAAAUUGCCCAGGACAAAAAGUUUCUCAAAGAGCAGAAUGGCAUCUGCUCCAAGAGUAUACACUAUUGCAGAGCUUCAAAUAGCAACAAACAGCUUUGGUGAAGAACACUUUAUUGGUGAAGGAUCCCUUGGUUCAGUUUAUAAAGCACAUUUUCCAGAUGGCACGGUUGUGGCUGUGAAGAACAUAAAGACAGUGCCUCUAUCCAUCAUCGAAGAACAACAGUUCUUCGAUGUGAUAAAAAAUAUAUCGCGUUUGAAGCACCCUAACAUUGUUCCCCUUCUUGGUUACUCUAUGGAGCAUGGCCAGCAUCUCCUUGCGUAUGAGUUUAUCAAGAACUUGACUCUUGACGAUGCUCUGCAUUGUGUAGCGUACAAACCGCUGAACUGGGGCGCCCGUCUUCAGGUUGCUCUUGGCGUAGCACGAGCUCUGGAUUACAUGCAUUCAUCAUUUGUGCCACCUAUUCCACAUAGCAACUUGAAGGCUGCUAACAUCUUACUUGAUGAAGAGCUCAAGCCCCAUGUCUGUGAUUGUGGUUUGGCCAUACUGAAGCCUCUUUCUAGGAACACGGUUAAGCUCAAGGCUUCUGAAAUGGCAAUUGCUGAUAGUGGCUACAUUGCCCCAGAUAAUCUACAACCUAGCUCUGGUAACUCGAAGGCUGAUGUCUAUGCCUUUGGGGUGCUGCUGUUAGAGAUUUUGACAGGAAGAAAACCAUUUGACAAUUCACGACCACCAGGAGAGCAGUCACUGGUGAGAUGGGCUGCAUCCAGGCUUCACGACAGCGCGUCAUUAGCACAGAUGGUGGAUCAAGCCAUUAAGAAUAAAAUCCCCUCCAAGUCUCUCUCUCGUUUUGCCGAUGUAGUAUCUAUGUGUAUUCAGCCUGAGCAGGAAUUCAGGCCCCAAAUUGGUGAAAUUGUGGAAUCCCUAAGCCGACUACUGAAUCCAACUGCAGCAGAUGUAGCAGAGGCAGACUUCGAUCGAUCUUUUAGAUCAACCAACUCUAAGUUCUUUAGCUCAUCACCCACACAAAGCUACUACUCUGUGUAAUCUUGCUUUUCACAAAGUGAAAUAUCUCAAGGCUUUUUGAGAGCAAUGAUUUGUUCGAAAAACAGUUUAUAGCCAAAAAUUUGGUUUUGGCUAUUCAAAGGUCACUUUGAUAUCAUGAACAUAACACCGUUGUUAAGAACUAUCAUUACAAGUCUCAGACAACUAGUUUAUGGAAUUUAUACAUUUAAGCCA